AAAGACAAAACCUUUUCUUCUUUUAAGCAAAAGGUGGUAUAUACGUUGAAAAAUAAAAAGGAGUCAAGAAAAACACAGUCUACCUACACGUACUCAAACGAACUUGGCAAGUUCAGUUGUACGAUUCCGUCGGGAUUGUAUCGUCCAAGCAGAGCUGGUUUAUUUAAAAAGAUAAAAACAACGAAAUUUAGUGGUUAUGAUGCUUGUCAAACAUUGGGUUGUUCGAGUACAGAAUGAACGAAGCAAAAGCAUAAGAGCCAUCCGGAACGAACGAUGAAUAAAAGUCCAUAGAACAUUGCAUUGGAAUUUGCUUUGUAAUCACCUUUUGUCAGAAGAAUCAGUUGAUUUUACAAGAGGUUGAUCUAAUUGCUGAAGAUAUAAAUAAAGAAGACGCGUUCUAUUAUUUAAUUAAAUCUCAUCGCGUGCGUGUAUCAAUUUUUCUAGGAUACGAAAUUCCCGCAUAAAUCAGCUAGAAUCAGUCCUUUUAACUUUUGUUUUUUUUCUUUUUAUUUUUUUUUUUAACAAAAAAAAUCGUUUUUUCUUGGUAAAGGUCAAAGAAACUGUUUUGAGCACUUUCAUAAUCCCUCAUCACUUCAAGUGUCUAUACCUUGUAAAGUUCGCCUUUUCAGUUCUUUUACCAAGGUUCUUUAUUGUUGCAAUUGAGUAUCCAAAGGGUUCAUAAACAUCGAAUCUUGGUUCGCAUUCGACGUUCUUUAUUCAAAUAUUUGAUCGCAAUAAUCUGUGCCUAAGUAAAAUAAAGAUAUUGGUAUUGUUUAAUAUUUACUCACGAUCACUAGUUCCUUGUCUCAAUCUUUUUGUUUUGACGAUUUUGUGACAAAUCUUCUUAGAACGCUAUAAUACGAUUUUUACGUACUCUGAGAAAGAAACUUUUUACCUACAGCAAACUCCUCCAGGAAUAGUCAAAUCUACGUUUUUUCUUCGGUACCACUGGCAUAUAAUUCUAUAUAUAAAUCUUUUUGAUAUGUCUAAUUCUGAAGAGUUCACCUUCCCCAAGGAAAAGGGAGAAGUCGUCACUUACGAGAGCCCUACUGGAGCUCGUGAAAUUUAUGUCAAGUCCAUAAAAGAAACUUUCAAAUUUGACAAUAUAAAGGAAGAAGAUAAGCUAGAAGGAGGUGAUUAUUAUACUGGGAAACCUGAAGAUGAAAAGGAUGAAGUGAUUCUUCGUCCUAAUCCUCGUCGUUUUGUUUUAUUCCCUAUCCAAUACCAUGAAAUUUGGCAAUUUUACAAGAAAGCUGAAGCUUCUUUCUGGACUGCCGAAGAAAUCGAUCUUUCCAAGGAUUUGAUUGAUUGGGAUAACAAGCUGAAUGCUGAUGAACGUUACUUUAUUUCCACAGUUCUCGCUUACUUUGCUGCUUCUGAUGGUAUUGUGAACGAAAAUCUUUUGGAACGAUUCAGUUCUGAGGUUCAAAUUCCCGAAGCUCGUUGUGUGUACGGCUUUCAAAUCAUGAUAGAAAACAUCCACUCUGAAACUUACUCCUUGCUUUUGGAUACUUAUAUCCGUGAUCCUAAAGAAAAAGAACGCCAUUUCGACGCUAUUCUGACUAUGGGGUCCAUCACUGCAAAGGCCAAGUGGGCUAUUCGUUGGAUUAAUGACCCGGACUCAAAUUAUGCUAUUCGUCUUGUCGCUUUUGCUGCCGUUGAAGGUAUCUUCUUUUCCGGCUCCUUUGCUUCGAUUUUCUGGUUGAAGAAACGUGGUCUCAUGCCUGGUUUGACCUUUUCUAAUGAGUUAAUUUGCCGUGAUGAAGGUUUGCAUACCGAUUUUGCUUGUCUCAUGUUCAGUCACUUGAAGCAUCGCCCUGGUCGUAAGAUUGUCGAAUCCAUCAUUGUUGAGGCUGUCGACAUUGAAAAAGAAUAUUUCACUGAUGCUCUUCCUGCCAGUUUGCUUGGCAUGAAUAAGGACUUGAUGUGCCAAUAUAUCGAAUUCGUUGCUGAUCGUCUUUUGGUGUCUCUCGGUAAUGACAAGUAUUACAAUGUUACUAAUCCCUUCGACUUUAUGGAAAAUAUCUCUUUGGCUGGUAAAACUAACUUCUUCGAAAAGAAGGUUUCGGACUAUCAAAUUGCUGGUGUCAUGUCCAGUGCCAAAGCUGAAGACAAAGAUGAUCAUACUUUCCGUCUUGAUGAAGAAUUUUAGAUGCUUGAUGAGUAACGGUUUGUUGAGUUCUUAUAAUCUAUUAUUUUAUACUUUGUUUGGUUAGCUCCAUUCAGAGAAUUCUAUAUACUUUAUCCUUUGAGUUGCGAAUUAUGGAAGUUUAUUGUUUUAUCAAAAUAUAUAUAUAUACCUUAACAUUUCGUUUGUUCCUUUAGGUACGAAUAUAUUGGAUAAUCUACUGUUGGAUAAAAAUAGGUCAAAUGUGAAUGAUCGGCGUUAACUUUAAAAUUAAUGUAUUAUGAAAAUAUAUAAACUUCUUUUUUCU